AUGGUCCCUUUGACUUACGAUUAUUGUUCUUCGUUCUACAGGAGGGCUCAUUUACGCCUGUGUCUAGAACGGCUAAAGACACUCAUUCCUCUAGAACCAGAGAGCUCCAGGCACACAACGCUGGGGCUGUUAAAUAAAGCCAAAGUACACAUUAAGAAACUUGAAGAAACAGCACGGAAGGGUCAGCACCAGCUGGAUAUGUUGGAGCGGGAACAGCGCUACCUGAAGAGGCGGUUGGAGCAACUGCAGACUGGUCAGGAACCAGAGCGGGUACGCACAGACAGCGUUGGCUCCACCAUGUCAUCUGAAAGAUCCGACUCUGAGCGAGUUUCUGCAGAAGAGAUUGAAGUGGACAUUGAGAGCACGGAAUUCUCUCCCCUGGAAGUGGACAGUUCCAGUAGCACCAGCAUCAGUGACCUGGAUGACCACAAUAGUAUGCAGAGUGCAGCCAGUGACGAGGGUUACUCCAGUGCUCCCAUUAAUCUGGCGUUCCACUCGUAG